AAUGAUUCAAGGGAUGGCCCCACUUCGGUCUGCAGGAUAUGUUGAUCCUGGGUGGGAGCAUGGCAUUGCUCAAGAUGAAAGAAAAAAGAAGGUGAAAUGCAACUAUUGUGGCAAAAUAGUUAGCGGUGGAAUAUUCAGGUUGAAGCAACAUUUAGCUGGAAUAUCUGGUGAAGUCACUCACUGUGAUAAGGUUCCUGAGGAAGCAUGCUUCAAUAUGAGAAAAAAUCUAGAAGGAUGCCGCUCUGGUCAAAAACGAAGACAAUCUGAAUAUAAACAGGCACCUCUGACUUUCCACCCUGAUGAAUGUGAUGAUAUGGAGGAAGGUCCUAGUAACUACAAAGAGAAAGGCAAGAAAGUGAUGGUUGAUAAGGACUUAAUUGUAGGAUCUGCUCCUCUCAGAUCACUAGGAUAUGUGGACCCAGGCUGGGAACAUUGUGUUGCUCAAGAUGAAAAGAAGAAAAGGGUAAAAUGCAAUUACUGUGAAAAAGUAAUUAGUGGUGGUAUAAACCGAUUCAAACAGCAUCUAGCUAGAAUCCCUGGAGAAGUUACCUACUGUGAUAAGGCUCCUGAAGAAGUGUAUCUUAAAAUCAAGGAAAACAUGAAAUGGCAUCGUAGUGGCAGAAGGAAUUGGAAACCCAAUACAAAGGAGAUUUCCACUAUCUACAUGCAUCCAAAUAAUGUGGAUGAAGAGGAAGAGCAGGAGGGAGGACUGGUGCAGUGUAUAAGUAAGGAUGUACUGGCUAUUGAUGAUAAAGUUUCUGAUAAUGAUGUCAGAAAUAGUAAAAAGGGGAGGUCCCCUGCUUGCAGUGGCAACAGCACUGAACCGCUACUGAAGAAAUCAAGACUAGAUUCAGUGUUUUUGAAGUCUCUUAAAAGCCAGGCAUCACCACACUACAAGCACGUAAAAGAAAAGGAGAAAAAAGCUCGUAAAGAAAUGAUAUCUGCUAUCUGCAAAUUCUUUCAUCAUGCUGGAAUCCCUUCUAAUGCAGCAAACUCCCCAUAUUUUCACAAAAUGCUGGAGUUAGUUGGCCAACAUGGACAAGGUCUACAAGGUCCUUCAAGCCAACUGAUAUCUGGCCGGUUUCUUCAGGAAGAGAUCACUAACAUCAAAGAAUAUUUAGUGGAAUUGAAAGCUUCUUGGGCAAUUACGGGCUGUUCUGUUAUGGCUGAUAGUUGGAAUGAUCUCCAUGGUAGGGUAUUAAUUAACUUUUUGGUCUCUUGUCCUCGAGGUUUAUAUUUUGUUUCUUCCUUUGAUGUCACUGAUAUCGUAGAAGAUGCUGUAAGCCUUUUCAAAUUGUUGGACAAGGUGGUAGAAGAAAUUGGUGAAGAAAAUGUCGUUCAGGUAAUCACUAAGAACACAACUAGUUUUAGGACUGCUGGGAAGAUGCUUGAAGAGAAAAGAAGACAUUUAUUUUGGACACCAUGUGCUGUACAUUGCAUUGAUGGAAUGCUUGAGGACUUUCUGAGUAUAAAAUGGGUAGGAGAGUGCAUAAAUAAGGCUAAAAAGGUGACAAGGUUUGUUUAUAAAAGUACAUGGCUUAUGACUCUUAUGAAGAAAGAAUACCUAAAGGGACAAGAACUUCUUAGGCCAGCUGGUACAAAGUUUUGCACUACCUUUUUAACCAUAGAAAGUUUGUUGGAUCAAAGAAAUACCCUUAAAAGAAUGUUCCAGUCAAACAAAUGGGUUUCAUCCCAAUUGGCCACAACAAUUGAGGGUAAAGAAGUAGAGCAAAUAGUCGUAAGUGCCACAUUUUGGAAGAAGAUGCAGUGUGUGAAAAAAUCUUUGGAGCCAAUUGCUCAGGUUCUUCAAAAGGUAGAUAGUGAUGAAAGCCGAUCAAUGCCAUUUAUAUAUAAUGACAUGUGUAGAGCUAAGCUUGCAAUUAAAGCAAUCCAUGGGGAUGAUGCACGAAAAUAUGGGCCUUUCUGGAGUGUAUUUGACAUCCACUGGAACUUACUUUUUCACCAUCCUCUCUAUGUGGCUGCUUACUUUCUCAAUCCAUCUUGCCGUUAUCGUCCAGAUUUCAUAAUGAAUCCUGAGAUUAUUCGUGGUCUAAAUGAAUGCAUUGUGCGGCUGGAAGUCGACAACAGAAAAAGAAUUUCUGCAUCCACGCAGAUUCCUGAUUUUGUAUCCGCUAAAGCUGAUUUUGGAACUGAUUUGGCCAUAAGUACUAGAAUAGAACUUGAUCCAGCUGCUUGGUGGCAACAACAUGGAAUAAGUUGCUUAGAGCUUCAACUAAUUGCUAUACGCAUACUGAGCCAGACAUGCUCAUCUAUUGGAUUAGAACAUACUUGGAGUACAUAUGACCAAGUUCAUAGCAAGAGACAUAACUGUAUGUCUCGAAAGAGAUGGAAUGAGCUCACCUAUAUUCACUACAAUUUGCGUUUACGAGAACGGCAGUUGGAAAGAAAGUCUGGUGAUUUGAUCUCCUUUGACAGUUUCAUGAUCGAAAGCAUACUAGGUGACUGGCUUGUAGAGGCAGAGAAACAAGCCAUACAGGAAAAUGAGGAGAUCCCUUGUGGUGAGAUGGAACAGUUUUAUGGAGAUGAAAUUGAUGAGCAUAACCACGAAGCAAAGAGACCUGCAGAGAUGGUGUCAUUGGAUGGUAUGGUUGAACCUUUGGAGGUUAAUGCCGCUGCUGGAGGCAUAACCACUGAUGAUGAUGGUCUUGAUUUUCUCAGUGAUGAUAUAACAGAAUAGUUGAUCUGUAUGUGCUCAUCAAACCUGGGAGUAAGCAGUGAGAUACAUAUAUGAAUUAGUAUUCGUAAGCGAAGUGAUUUGCUAUUUUUAAGACCAAUUCUUACACUGUCAAGCACAUAUUUGUUACUAAGAUCUCAUGAUAUCUUAAUAUUAUAGUAAUUUAGAUUUUAUA